AUGAUAAAUUCAUAAUUCAUAAAUUUUGGAGAAAAAAAUUCAUUAUAUUAAUUUAUAAAAUUAUUUGUCAUUUACACAAACAAGAAAAUGCAGAUCAGCAAUUAAUUGUAAUUAAGCUCAACUUUACAAUAAUUACUCAAACAGUUCUAUAUUCCUUAAUUACUAUAGUUUUAGUUAAGUAUAUACAGCAAUACUAGUUAAUAACUUCGAUUUACGAACUAAAGUGCAAAUUAAAAUGACCAAUUGAUCAUCAAAGAGGAGUACUAAGAAGAAGCCCAAACAAAUACGAAGAGUACUUUAAGCAUGAAAACAAAGUUUCAGACAAAAAAAUAAGGCAAUUCCUCAGUUUUGCAUAAAUUAGAACAUUCUUAGAAAUAUAAUGAUCAAGUGAAAUCUAAAAAAGUAAUCAAAUGA